AUGAAGUUCGCUGUUUUGCCUUGCCUCUUGCUGCUAGCCGCUGCCACUUGUGUCCUGGCGACCAAGACCACAAACGAACCUGCCCACCUCUACUUCAGAACGGACUCCCUUAAGCGCGAGAGCUUCGAGGUCGCCUCCGACACUACCUCCCAGCUCAAAGCCAGAGCGGGUGGCUUCCUGAAGAAGCUGAAGGGUUGCGUAGCGUGCGGUGCUCUGCCCAACGGCGCUAGCACCAGCUCGCCUCCGCGUCGGGGACAAAGCAGGUCUCCUAGGGGCCAUGUCGAGGAGCGCCCAUCGCCAUCGCCAUCACGACAGGGUAGCAGGUCCCCCUCCCCUGCGCCCUCGCCUGCGCCACCUCCCCAGCGUCACAAGGACGUGAUUGCUACGCCGAACAAUCGCAAGUUGCUGAAUUUUCCUCCGAGCACUUCUGGGGUGGUUAGAUUGCCACAGGGUGAUCUUCAGUUCAUGCACAAUUGGCCGAAGAAGUAG